GUUCCAAUUACAUAUCCAUUCCCUUUGACGCGCCCUUUUUCUUUGGUGAAUUGUUUCUUUCUUACAAAAAUGAAAACUUUGAUUCCUUCGUUGAUUUUGGGAGCUGUCUCCCUUUGCUCGCUUCUCCCACAGUCUUUUGCAACUCCGAACAACGAUGGCGUAUUGGCUGAGCUGCGCAUCGAAAAAUCUACUACAGAUGCAACGACCAGUGUCCUGGGUGCUGCAGUCCAUAGGGACGGUGACAUUUCCCCAUCCCCGCUCAAGCGCGCUGAAGAAACAAUCAUUGCGAAAAUUGAAGACCUCGUACGGGGAGACGACCUCAUAGAGAAGAGACAGACAAAUAAAAAGAACAAGACCAAGAAGACGAACAAAAAGAAGAAGAAGAAGGAUUGCGCAGCGAAGAAAGGAAAAUGCAAAAAGGACAACUAUGCGAGAGACCCCGAAACGGGCAAGUGUAAAAAGUGCCCAGAGGGUCAAAAGGUUAACCCUGACGGUGAUGGUUGCGAAGAAGAUACGCAAUCCGAGGACGAAAAGAAGAAGCAGGGCAAGUGUCCGGACGGCAAGGAACUAGACCCCGAAGCACCUGACCAGGACGAACUUACAGAAAAUCCCAAGUGCGUCGAUAAGGAGAAGAAUGAUGAAUGCCCGGAAGGACAAAGCAAGUCAACUAAGACGGCGAGCCAACCAAGCAAGUGUGCGCCUGAUGAUGAACGCAACAAGAAGUGCAAGGGCAAAGAUACUUUCCCCUUCAAGAAAAUCGGAGAUGAUGGAAAGAUGAGCACUACCUGCCGGUCCACGCCAGAGAAAGAGAAAUCCAAGUCUGAGAAGGUUUGGAAAGCCCAAGAGCCGAUAUCGAAGGGCGCCAAUGAGAAACAAAGGAACGAUCGCGAUAAGAAACGUCGCAUCCGAGCACGGCGAGGUGCUUGUCUGGCGCUUGGAGCUGUGACUUGGAUGCCAUCCGCAGACAUCGAUGAACUGACGGACGACAUAAUCUCUGGGAUACAGGAGCCCGAAGCUGAUUCUCCACUUCCAGACAAGGACCUUGAAGACCAUAUGAUUGAGAUAAAGGAGAAACCUGCCCAAGUUGCAGCAGUUGUUGUUGAAAGGGACCUAGAUUCUCGAGGCGGCCUAGGCAGUGCCUUCGGGCAGAUUUUCAAAUUCCUUUCUAAAUUGUUCAAGAAAGGCGGUGGAAAAGCUGCGGGAGCCGCUGCGAACGCUGCUAAAGUAUUCAGAGUUGCCGCUGCCCCUUCAAGGAACGGUGGCGGCCGUCAGAUCAAGAAUCUGCGCGACUCUAAGAGUGUUCAAACGUCGAUGAAAGCAAGCGACAAAGCUAUGAACGCGGGUAGAAGCUCUCAAGUCUACCAGAAACUCCUCAAGGCCCAGGACUGGCUCGAUUGCGUGGCCAUGGGCGCCUCUGCUGUUGCUGACGCGGCUUCCAAGCGCGAGGUGAAGGAAUACAAUCAUGAAUUUUCAGCCGAAGACGGGAAAAAAUUCAAUGUCAAUAUCAAUCUCGAUGCUCAAAAGGAGGAUGUACAUCCAUCCCCUAAUCCUGAAACGGGCAUUCUGGUCGUAGGCGAUAUCAGCUUCGACGCCGAGACAGCAAAGAUGAGAAUGGCGACAUAUCCCGAUAGUUACAAGAGACACGACCGCAUCCAAUACGAACAGUGCCAUUCUCUGGCUGGCACAGACCUCAACAACGCUCUGGUGAGGCUCCAGACAUGGGGUGGCUGCUGUGCGUACUACGAUGGUGAGCAUUGCGAGAACAAAGCGAACUUCAUCAUGUAUAAUCGCGCAGACGAAAAGUUGAAAGAUGGGGAUUCAAAGGUCAUCUCUUCCUUCUGGUGUACAGAGGACCCGAAUUGUCAUGGCGCACCCGGAGACUCCGAAACCAAUCGGAAGCCAUGCUCCAAGGCCGUAGGGGAGGAGGAAAUUGCAGACUGCUACCCCGAUGGCGUUCUACACGGGUAG